AUGGCUAUUUUAUAUACUGGUCCUACAGGAAACGGUAGAAAACCUUUGGUCCUUGGCAAGCUUCUUAAUGCACCAAUCAAAGUCCAUAUGUUUCACUGGCCAACCAAAGACAUCCAAGAAGAUUGGUACUUGAAACUAAACCCAGCUGGAAUCGUGCCUACCCUAGUUGAUGAUAAAGGCACACCAAUUACAGAAAGCAACAACAUCUUGUUAUACAUCGCAGACACCUACGACAAGGAACAUAAAUUUUUUUAUAGUUUGAAGCAAGACCCCAAAUUGUACUGGGAACAAAAUGAACUCUUGUUCUACCAAGCAACACAGUUUCAAUCACAAACAUUGACAAUUGCAAAUGCAAAUUACCAGAAUGGCCAUAUCGAUGAAAACAUUGCUCAGUACGUGCUAAGCUCCUUUGAAAAGGUAUUUGCGUUUAUGGAGACAAAAUUAUCAGGACGCGACUGGUUUGUUGGUGACAAAUUUACAAUUGUUGAUAUCGCUUUUUUGGUUGGCGAACAUAGAAGACGUGAAAGGUUGCACAACUCGCCUAUUUGGAUCGACCUUAAGGAAAACUUCCCCAAUGUCGAGAAAUGGUUUCAACGUGCAAUUGCUUUUGAGAAUGUGGAAGAGAUAUUAAAAGAGCACGCAUGA